CGGUUUUGGUGUUUUGCCGGAAAUUCUGAACAGCGUGGUGAUAUCCUCAGUUUCAGACUAGCCAGCACAAGCGUUGCAAUGUCACUUAGUGCUGUGACUUCAAAGCUGUCCGAUCUGAAAAAAUGUCAGACCGACAUUGGCACGGGGAUGGACAUCGUCACAGAAGUGGCGCUCGACCUGGUAGAAAUUGAAGGAAGUGAGGAAGACUUGAAGAAACUGGAGCAGAUGAUGCUGGACUGUGCAAGACUGGACAGGGAGAUCACCUGCUUUGUGGAAGCGGUUGAGCAAAUAACGACAGAGGCCAGGCAGCAGCCGCCAGAGGCCAUGUUCACCCUGAAGAACAGGGUGAGGGAGUGCUUCGCGGAGCUAGAGGGCAGCCUCUCCGAGUCCGACCUGCAGAGGCACAAGAAGGUGGUCAGCUACAGGGAGAGCCUGCAGAACGCUCAGAAGCUAGCGAACCCAUCGGCUGCUGCUAGCACGGAUGACGAGCUGGACGAGGACAUCGUGGUGACGCAGAGCCAGCAGAAACUCACCUGUCCCCUGACCCUACUGGAGAUGGUGAACCCUGUGAGGAAUAAGAAAUGCAACCACCACUACGACCACGACGCAGUGCUGGACAUGAUCCGGAGGAACGAGAGCCAGAAGAAGAAAUCCCGCUGCCCUGUGGUUGGAUGCAGCAAUACAGACGUGAAGCAGUCGGACCUGGUAGCGGACGUGGCCAUGAAGAGGAUGAUCCAGAAAAAGCAGGGUCCGAGGACAUGACCCUGGUGCACACCCCGGGAAUCCUGAAGGAGCCCUGCAACAUCACUCGGGACCAAAAUUUUUAUCUUAUUUUUAUUUUACAGUUCAAACAUGUCCGUGUUCCUGCCUUCAGGUCCAGCUUGUGAUUGCCGUUUUUCGGUUUUUCUUAAGGAAAGUAAUUCACACCCAGCAGGAUAA